GAUUUUCUCUUGUACAAACGAAAUCACAUUAUUUGUUGAAUUGUCUUUUCCAUAGUUUGAACUUUUCUCGGCGUUUCGGCUCUAUGCAGAUAUCAAUGGCGAAAGCACGCCACACAAAAGGAAAACUGAUCACCAUUCUUAGCAUCGACGGGGGAGGUAUUAGAGGAAUCAUUCCUGGCACUAUACUUGCUUCACUCGAAUCUCAACUUCAGGAACUGGAUGGAAACGAUGUAAGACUUGCAGAUUACUUCGACGUCAUUGCAGGAACAAGCACCGGCGGUCUUUUGACAUCCAUGUUAACCGCUCCAGACGAAAACAAUCGACCUCUCUACACAGCCAAAGAUAUUGUACCGUUCUAUAUGGAACAUGGCCCAAAAAUAUUUCCACAACAAUGGGGUAUAUGGGGAUCAAUCAUCAAGACCGUUAAAAGGCUAUUUGGACCAAAGUACAAUGGAAAGUAUCUUCGGAAGAUAAUUAGGGAGAAACUAGGAAACACUCGUUUGAACGAUACCUUAACCAAUGUUGUCAUCCCUACGUUCGAUAUCCAACGUCUACAACCUACCAUUUUCUCAACUUACGAGGCGGAAGUUAAUCCAUGCUACAAUGCUAAGUUAUCAGAUAUAUGCAUUUCUACUUCAGCAGCUCCAACUUAUUUCCCAUCCUAUUAUUUCAAGAACAACGAUGAUGGUGGAAAUGAUCAAGAAUAUAAUCUAAUUGAUGGUGGUGUUGCUGCUAAUAAUCCGAUGCUCAUUGCAAUAAGUGAAGUAACAAAACAAGUUUCUAGAGAAGAUCCAGAAUUCUUUCCGGUUAACCCUGUGGAUUAUGGUCGCUUCCUCAUGAUCUCAAUCGGCACCGGUGCACCAAAAGAAUCGAAACCAUACAACGCGAAAAUGGCAUCUAAAUGGGGUCUUUUAGGUUGGCUGCUCCACAACGGUUCUAACCCUAUCAUCGAUGUAUUCACUCAUGCAAGCGGAGAUAUGGUCGACGGCCAUGUUUCAGUUUUCUUUCAAGCAGUUCAUUCCCAACAAAACUACCUUCGAAUUCAAGAAGAUACAUUAAGCGGUGAUGAAGCAUUAGUGGAUGUUGCAACGAAAGAGAACAUGCUGAAACUCGAAGAAAUUGGUCAAAACCUACUAGCAAAGCCUGCUUCAAGAGUUAAUCUAAAGACUGGGUUGUCUGAGCCGAUGGGAAAUGGUCAGACCAAUGCCCAAGCUCUUAAACGAUUUGCAAAAUUGCUUUCGGAAGAGAAGAAGCAGCGAUCACUGAAAACACCUUCAAAGUCAUACAAUGGUUUCACUUAGAAGUUUCCAAACUCCUGAUAUAAUAGAUGAUAAAAAACACGCUUAAACACACAUGCAUGUAUAAUAGCUAAAGCAAUAAUAUACAUGUAAAUAAUUAUUAGGUCUGGUAUGGCUUGCUAUUUCUUUUGUAUUUUCUACAAUGAUAAUAUGUUUGUUUUGUAA